UCUUCCUCUUCCACCACCUCAUCGGAUCGCAUCAAAUGUCUCAUGUCAAACGUACGCGAAGUCUGCUCCCUCAACUUGGGAAUGAGAGAGCUGCAAUGAUACGAUGGGUUGAGCGCCUACGUUUUGGUGAAGCACUGCCUAUCUGAACAUCUCCUUCCAGUGACACUUCUCCAAUACGGAUCAAUGAUGAGACCUUUGAAUGAACAUGCGCAUUGUAAUUGUGUCUCUAUUGACGCAUACUGUCGCAUAAAAUGCAUUUCCAUGCAGGUAACCGACCUAACACGUACAUCUCAGAGACACCUUCCACCUCAGCCUCGCUCCUUCCUUCUCAACUCAUCACACCCGCCUGAUGUCACCUGCCAAUUUGCCGCUCAGGUUUGCUUGUCUGCUUGCAACUUUACAUCAGCAUUCUCUUCGUGUUCAUUGUUGUCGAGCUUGCUAUUUGGCUCUUUCUUCGCCUUGCACCCAAAACUCCUGUCGCUUCCUACAUCUGUUGGGAAGCAGUGUUGCUCGUGUUCGCCCUGUCCGCGUCUUCUGCCUGACAUGGACGACACCGAUCGUGAAAAUCAGCCGCCCAACGCCGCAACACCUCUCACUUUCCCGCCCUUGGACAUCAGAGAAACAUCGCCCUUGGAGUUUCCGCCGCUUCAAAUCGUCCCGGAGUCUGCCCUCCGCUCAACUGUGAACUCAGGCCCAGCGGCAAAUGCCCCAGCUCCAACGCGACAUGCUCCAACCCCGACCCAAGUUGCGAAACCUCCUGUCGACCAGUCAAUGCCCCCGCCACCCCUUCCAGCACAUAUCCGACAACGCACCGCUCCGAACGAGUUCCGCCCCGGCCCACCUCCCACCAGGAAACCAUACCCGCUCAAUGAUACAGACUUUGUCGCCAACCCAUUUGCCCCUCCCCAACCUCCACCUGCUGCGCCCGUCUAUGAAGAAGACGAGGUACACGUUGAUACGGAUGACGGCCAAGACGGCGUUUACUUCGUGAACGCCGAUGCACAAAGCUGGGCCGCAUCCCUUCCCGAAGAAGACGACCCUGCGGUCCAAGCCGACAUACCCUGGCAAGCGGUGCUCGCAGUCCAACGAAACCAGCACGAACAACAACUCGCCGCUCAAGUUGCCGCUGUUGCUGCGACUUCCGCCAACGACACACUGCAAGGGUCCGCACCCGCGUGGCCGGAGAUUCCUGACCAUCUCGCUCAGUGGAGGGAUGAUUUGCUAAUUCGGAACGUGGUACGACAGAUCAAGAGGCGGCUCCAGCGCGGCGCAGAGUUUACUUUCCAGAUCAGAUUCCCAUGGGGUGCCGCUGAUGUGACUUGCGCCCACCCAUAUUGCAGAGCUGCCAGGCGUAUCGUUCCGCUUGGUGGGUACUAUGUCGAGCUUGGCCGGGACGGUCAGCCGCCGGACUACUACUGUCUCCUCUGCGUGGAAGGUAUGUGGAAUGGGGAGGGUAUGAAAGAACCCCUGCCUGACCCCCAGGUUAACGUGCAGCAAGCUGGACUGGAGCAGGCGACAGCCGUGUUCAAUCUGGAUGGUGACCUCCCGAACAAGUCCGACCUGGACGAGCCGGCAAGACCACGUCCGCAAAUCCGCAUACCACAAUCCCUCCUCUCUUCCAAACAUGCGCCGUCCUACGAGGAGUUACUUGCAGCAGAACAGGAGGAGGAGGAGCGCCCAAGAUCAAUCACGCCGCGCUACAGCCCCGAAACGCUGCAACCGAUGUCCCCAACGCCUCGCUCCGGAUCCAUCACACCCGUGUAUUCCGCACCUACGCCUGGCUCGGAACAUGCAUCCCCAGAGGGGACAACCGGUGACAGCGAGGCCGAGCGUCCCCCGACUCAAUUCCAGCAUCUCGCCAAGUUCAUGAAAGCCGGAGAAUCCCUCAACGACGACGAAAAGGCCGCCUUUGAAUUGUGGAAAGCAGUGAGUGUGGAGCAGAUCUUCUGGAUCGACUUCCACGCAAAAUACGCCGCAACGAUGUCGCAGUACAACGUGGCUACUGGAGACAGGAUCGAUUCGCCGGAGGUAACGACCCGUAUUGUCUUCACCGCCCGGGAGAGAGCAGAAGUGGAGGUAGCGCCUGCAACGGAUGCGAGUGAAGGCGAGGCUGACACAGAGUCCGAUGCGCACAUGUCGGGGGAGGACGGGAAGCCGCCGGUCAUCGUUGAGAGCGUGACUUCGAGUACAGGGGUUGUAUUGUCGCGCCAGCAGUGUGAGGGGAGUGAUUUGAGCGAAGUGUUGAAGAUGUUCCUGGGCGGUCAGCGUGACUGAGUCCGAAAGCCGCAUCGAAUGUUCCGUUUUGGCAAUGCCGGGGUUUGAUCGAAGUGUUGGUGGAGCUCGUCUCUCCAUUGCAGCACAUUGGCAUGAUUUUCU